AUGGGUCAUCAGCAGCUGUACUGGAGCCACCCGCAUAAAUUUGGCCAGGGUUCUCGCUCUUGUCGCAUCUGUUCAAACCGGCACGGUCUGAUCCGGAAAUAUGGCCUCAAUAUGUGCCGCCAGUGUUUCCGUCAGUACGUGAAGGAUAUCGGUUUCAUUAAGUUGGACUAAAUGAUAUUCCUUCAAAGGAUUAUC